AUGCAUCUCUCUGGGGAGACACACCCCUACAUUGUUAAGCAAAAAUCCUUCCCAAAAGCCUCUUUUCUUCAUCAACCUUUCCACGUAUCACUCCCUCACUAUUUUUUAUCCACGGAACAAAACUACCUUGCAAGUUCGGGUUUGCAUGAUUCAGAGGUUUUUAUAAAUUUUCUCAAGAUUUCAGCACAAACACUGAGGAUGCACUCUUGGAUUUGCCAGGGAAAUGUCCAACAUGGCUCUGAACAGAAUUCUGUGCUUUCAGAUGAAUCUAGAAGAAAGGAAUCUCUGUUCUUUGUUUUCACAAAUCCAAACCCACGUGAAAAGGUGACAAAUUUUGUGAAACCUGAUGGCUGGGUGGAUGCAGCAACAAUGGUGAGGUAG